CAAUGUAAACUCAAACAUUCAACGUCAUGUCCUCUGCAUUGUCAUCAGAGGUGCAGUGUAUGCUGUCAUCGCUUGGUGGCAGUAGCGAGGCAACGGUCUGUCACAACUAUAUGAUCGCGUGAAGAAGAAGCGGUGAUCAUAUGUGAAACUUUGGCUACACGGUGUCCUGGAUUUAGUCUGUACAUUGACGAGGAUGGGGCCGCUAAAGAGGAUAAAGUCAUUCUCAGCCCUUCUAUUCGUUUUACUUCUGUUAGACGGAUACUUUCAGUGGGUUGCAGCUCAGCACUGUGUAUGGUACGGUGAGUGUGGAGAGUCUACAUCGGUGCCAGGGAAAAAGUACAACUGCAAUGACACCGGUCCCCCCCGCCCACUAGAACCUGAGGGCUAUGAUGUUCUCGCGGAAAUAUGUCCAGGAUACAACUACGGAAACCGAAGCCUCUGUUGUGACGUGAACCAGCUGAAGACUCUCUACGGGAGUUUGCAAGUGCCCCUGCAGUAUCUCUCUCGGUGUCCGGCCUGUUUCUUCAAUCUGAUGAGUUUGUUCUGUGAGCUGACAUGCAGCCCCCACCAGAGUCGGUUCAUGAACGCCACACAGAUCGUGGACUCCAGUGUAACUGAAGUACAGUACUAUAUUGGAGAAAGCUUUUCUAAUGCGAUGUACAAUGCUUGUAAGGACGUGCAGGCACCGUCAACCAAUGCAAAGGUCUUGUCAUUACUGUGUGGUAAAGAGGCAAAGGACUGCAACGCUACGAACUGGAUCCAGUACAUGUUUAAUAUCGACAACAAACAGACUCCCUUCCCCAUCAUCCCUAUAUUCUCAGAUGUCCCUGUGCAUGGUUACGACCCCAUGAACAACAAGACCUAUGCUUGCAGUGAUGAGUUAGAGGACGGUUCAGCUCCCUGCUCCUGUCAGGACUGCAGUGACGUCUGUGGACCCAGACCGGUCCCACCUCCUCCGAUCCCACCGUGGACCAUCUUUGGUAUCGACGCCAUGACUGUCAUCAUGUGGAUCUCUUACAUGGCCUUCCUGCUUCUCUUUUUUGGAGCUGUACUGGCGGCGUGGUGUUACAGGAAAAGGACAUUCAUGUCUGAGUAUGGCCCUAUACUGGACAGUAACAACUCAGUGUCUCUGAACGGUGAAAGUCCUGAACUAGUCAAUGCAUCAUGUUGUGAAACCCUUGGUGAACGCUUCGAGAAUGCACUGCAGAUCGCCUUCAGUUCCUGGGGUUCCUUCUGCGUACGCUUCCCCUUUGUGGUCAUCCUAGGAACUGUGAUCCUUGUUACAGCGUUCUCUGGAGGGCUUCUCUAUAUGCGCAUCACCACGGACCCUGUGGAGCUGUGGUCCUCCCCCAGUAGUCAGGCUCGCCAAGAGAAGGACUAUUUUGACAGCCACUUUGGACCUUUCUUUAGAACAGCACAGCUCAUAAUAACAACUCCACUCAACAUCACUGACAUCUUCUCGCCGUACCCUGUGGGAGAUGACAUCCCUUUCAAAGCCAUACUGACUAAAGACAUCCUGCAUCAGGUGCUGGAUUUACAGCUUGGGGUUGAAGACAUUGUAGCCACGUAUGAAGGUCAGAACGUAACCCUGAAGGACAUCUGUUUGGCUCCACUGGCCCCAUACAACAACAACUGCACCAUCCUGAGCGUCCUUAACUACUUCCAGAAUAGCCACACUGUGCUUGACCACAUGAAUGGAGAUGAAUUCUAUGUCUAUGCUGACUAUCACAGUCACUUCCUUUACUGUGUCAGUGCACCAGCAUCUCUCAAUGACACCACAAACCUCCAUGACCCUUGUUUAGGGACAUUUGGCGGACCAAUCUUUCCAUGGCUUGCCCUCGGAGGAUAUGACGAGACCAACUACAACAAUGCCACUGCGCUCGUGAUCACCUUUCCCAUCAACAACUACCUGAAUGACACCGUGAGGAUGGGAAAAGCUCUGGCCUGGGAGAAAGAAUUCAUCAAAUUUAUGAAGAACUACCAAAACCCCAACCUGACCAUAGCCUUCAGUGCAGAGAGGAGCAUUGAAGACGAGCUUGACAGAGAGAGCAACAGUGACAUCAGCACCAUUGUCAUCAGCUACGCCAUCAUGUUCCUGUACAUCUCUCUGGCUCUGGGUCACAUCCAGAGCUUCAGGAGACUCUUGGUGGACUCCAAGAUAUCUCUGGGAAUAGCUGGUAUCCUGAUUGUGCUUAGCUCCGUGUCCUCCUCAUUGGGAAUCUUCAGCUAUGCUGGAAUACCGCUCACUCUCAUUGUCAUCGAGGUCAUACCCUUCCUGGUGCUGGCUGUCGGAGUGGACAACAUCUUUAUCAUAGUGCAGACGUAUCAGCGGGAUGAGCGAAUGGCACAUGAGGAACUUCACCAACAGAUUGGACGAAUUCUUGGGGAUGUUGCACCAAGCAUGUUUCUCUCGUCCUUCUCUGAAACCGUGGCCUUCUUCCUGGGAGCCUUGUCUAACAUGCCUGCAGUCAGGACAUUCUCCCUCUUUGCUGGCUUAGCUGUUUUUAUUGAUUUCCUCCUGCAGAUCAGCUGCUUUGUCAGCUUACUUGGUUUGGAUGCCAGAAGACAGGAGGCAAAUCGUCUGGACAUCAUGUGCUGUGUCAAGCUUCCAGAAGGUCAAGAGACAAAGACAGACAGCAUCCUGUUCCGCUUCUUUAAGAAAGUCUACGCCCCAUUCAUCCUCAAAGAGUGGGUUCGACCAAUAAUUGUGGCAGUGUUUGUAGGUAUGCUCUCCUUUAGCGUCGCUGUAGUGAACAAAGUAGAGAUUGGACUGGACCAGAAAUUAUCAAUGCCUGAUGACUCGUACGUGCUAAACUACUUCAGAAACCUGAGUGAGUAUCUUCACACUGGCGCUCCUGUGUACUUUGUGGUGGAAGAAGGUUUGAACUACAGCAGCCCUGAGGGUCAAAACGUUGUAUGUGGAGGCGUGGGCUGCAACAACAACUCUGUGGUGCAGCAGAUUUACUUCGCCUCACUCAUCAGUAACUACUCUACCAUCGCUAACACUCCUUCCUCCUGGCUGGACGACUACUUUGACUGGGUGAAGCCUCAGUCCAGCUGCUGUAGAUAUUAUAACGACAGUGGAGCUUUCUGCAACGCCUCAGUUGUGAACAACACCUGUGUGCGCUGUCGGCCCAUGACAGAUGCCGGAAAACACAGACCUGAGGGAGAAGACUUCAUGAAGUUUCUGCCCAUGUUCCUCUCAGACAAUCCCAACAUCAAGUGUGGAAAAGGUGGCCAUGCAGCUUAUGCCACAGCAGUGGAUCUGUAUCCAGACAACACAGGAGUGGGAGGAAGUUACUUCAUGUCGUACCACACCAUCCUCAAAGAAUCCCCGGACUUCAUCCACGCUAUGAAAAUGGCCCGAAAGCUGUCAGAAAAUAUCACACAGUCCGUGAACCACAAAGUGUUCGCCUACAGCGUCUUCUACGUCUUUUACGAGCAGUACCUCACCAUUGCCUACGACACCGCCCUGAACCUCAGCAUCUCACUGUCCUCCAUAUUUGUGGUCACGGCGAUUUUGCUUGGCUUCGAGCUGUGGUCGGCCGCGCUGGUCAGCAUCACCAUCGCCAUGAUCCUCGUCAACAUGUUCGGUGUCAUGUGGUUGUGGGACAUCAGCCUCAACGCUGUCUCACUGGUCAAUCUGGUCAUGAGUUGUGGAAUCUCCGUGGAGUUCUGCAGCCACAUCGUUCGAGCUUUUUCCAUCAGUGUGAAGAAGAACAGAGUGGAACGAGCAGAAGAGGCUCUGGCUCACAUGGGCAGUUCUGUAUUCAGUGGCAUCACGUUAACAAAGUUUGGCGGUAUCUUGAUUUUGGCUCUCUCCAAGUCGCAGAUCUUCCAGGUUUUCUACUUCAGGAUGUAUCUGGCCAUUGUGCUGCUAGGGGCUGCACACGGCCUCAUCUUCCUUCCUGUGCUGCUCAGUUAUAUAGGUCCUUCGUUGAACAAAGCAAAGGUUUUUGCUGCGAACCAGCGCUACGCUGGUACAGAGAGGGAGCGGCUCCUUAACUACUGAAAAGCUUGGACCAUGAACAGUAACUUUACACUUUGUCUGUGGCUGUGAGCCAAGCAGUUUCUGUGUUUACUCACACGCUCAUCAUCGUCGUCACCAUUGUCUUGGCCGCUGCUAUGCACAGAAGUCGCUCAGAAAUGUCCCUGAUGCUAGAGAAUAUCUCCGACUUCACACACACACACACACACGGUUGUCAACUUCAGAUCCUCAGGCUCCUUGUCACGCUGCAGGUCAGGCCUGAUGUCAGUGCAGGACUGGAGCGGAACAGAAUCUUCCCUUCACCUCCUCACCUGACACAAAUAGUUAGAUGGAAACUUCUGUAAUGAAGGAUUGGUAUUUUUUGGACUUGGAAAAUUUUGAUAUAGUUAAAAUGUCAUGUCAAUGGAACAAACAGUCCCACUAAAAAACCUAGACACUGGGGAGUUACAGUCCUAAAAUCAAGAAUUCGAUUUUAUUGUUUGUUAGUUUGUGACAACAUCAUCACUUACAUUCCAAAUUAGUCAAAACGUCUCUAUUGCAAUCACAGAGUUGGUUCUAACUAUCAUUAUCUCUAAAGAGAGAAUCAAUGAAUGAAGGAUUUUAUCUUGUUUUGACAACGGGCCACACAGUUCUCAAGUCAAAACAUGGCUUUUACCUGUUUUUACAUCUCUGUCUGGGGAGAAAUUUAGGAAAUAAAUUUUGUUUUUUUUUACAACAUAUACCACAAUUUCCUAACCUGAGAAAAUUCUUAGUAGUUAUUUACUGUUACUUUUUGUCUUGUUUUGCUUUUGUCACAGACACAAACUACAAUGUCAUUAAUGUCUUUUAUUUAUCCACUUGUAUCUAAUUUGCAUAUAUUGUUCCAAUUUUAUUUAAUCUCUGAUUUAUUGGUAUUUCUGGUGCAUUUUUUAUUGCACGUAUAAAGAAAAACGUAUGUUUUGACACCAAUAUAAAAGGGUACUAUAAUGUAAAUAACCAUUUUACAGUCUGAUGUGAAGGACACUCUUUGCAGAUAAACUGUAAAUAUUCACAGAAGAACUAAUUCAGGAGGUUUCUUUUUUUGUUUUCAGAGGUUGAUGUUUUUUCUGAGGUUGUUGUCUUUCAGAUUGCAUUAAAGUAAUUUUAGUUUUAUUAU